AUGGAGAUAGUGUUGGAUAAAUCCCCACUUAAACUGUUACAAGGUUAUUACAGUAAAAUUCCUACAGAUAGUCUAGCUCCAGUUGGAUCCAAAGUUGAACUGACUGAAUCUGGUGUCUCUCUCAAUGGUCCAACAAGAGAGAACAUUUGGGAUACUGAGGAAAGAAAUGGCAGUGAAGUUGCAUACGCUGCCAUACUCGACAAUGGAAACUUUCUAGUAAUACUGCCUAUUCAUGUUGAAGCAGAUAAUGGCACCAUUCUUUUUCCUCUAUUGAGGAGUAGUGUAAUUCCAAAACAGGAUUUCUAUUGGAGAGCCGUUCUUGAACAUGAUGGUGUCUUUAGGCAGUAUGUCUAUCCCAAGAGAAAUCUUUCAAGUCCUGGGCAAGAGUGGAAUAUAGCAUCAUCAACAUCCAUGCCAUCCAAUAUUUGCUCAAAUCUUAUUGAAGGCACAGGAAGUGGAGUUUGUGGGUACAACAGCUAUUGCACAAUGGAAGAUCAUCAAAGACAAAACUGUCAUUGUCCAAAGGGUUACACAACCAUUGAUCCAAAUGAUACAAUCAAGGGCUGCAAACUAACAUUUGAACCUCAUAGCUGUGAUGAAUAUUCACAAGAAGCUGAUCAUUUUGACUUUCAUAAAAUGAAAAAUGCAGACUGGACUGAAACUCAUUAUGAGCAUUUUACACCAGUGACUGAGGACUGGUGUUUGAAAUCUUGCAUGAGAGACUGCUUUUGUAGUGUUGUUUAUUUUGGAAGUGGUGAUUGCUGGAAGAAACAACUUCCUCUUAGGAAUGGGAGAAUAAGCCCCAGCAUUCGUGGGAGUGUUAUGAUCAAAAUAAGAGAACAGGAUUUUACAUCCAAGGGUAGAGGGCCAAGGAGUAGUGAACCAACAAAGAAAGAUCAGCCAACAAUGCUGCUCAUUGGAUUUUUAAGUAGCUCAGUUUUUCUAAACAUCAUGCUUAUACCAUGGUCUUUAGUUCUUUACCGUCUCAGUAGGAACUCAAAGGUGAUUCAACCACUUCAUGUCAUGCCAGGCAUGAAUAUGAAAACAUUUUCUUAUGUGUGGCUAGACAAAGUUACUAAUGGAAUCAAAGUGAACAAGAAUUCAAGGCAGAAGCCGACCAAAACCCGAACAACAACUGGAAUUAGAGGCACCAAAGGGUAUGUUGCUCCUGAAUGGUUUAAAAGCAUGCCUGUGACAGCCAAGGUGGAUGUCUACAGCUAUGGAAUUUUGUUGUUGGAGCUGGUUUGCUGCAGAAAGAAUUUUGAAGAAGAGGCAGAGGAAGAGAUCCAAAUGGUACUAGCUGAUUGGGCAUAUAACUUUUUUAUUUAUAUAUGGCUUUGCUGA